UUUGAUAUCGACCAGAUAAGCAGUAUGCACUGGGAGAAAUCACCAUCAACGUCACUGGGAAGGUCCAGGCCAUACCAAGGGGUUAGAGUCCGAGACCCAGUGAAAGAGCUGUUGAGGAGAAAGAGGAGCCUGGAAGUCCAAAACAAGUCGACGUCCUCCACAGCGGAUGUGGGCACACACAGCAGCCAGCCAUCAUUUACACAAGGAAUCUUUGGCUCCGAGGUUGCUGGACGUUCCCAGACGGAGCAGUGUGUUCCAUCCGGUGAUGCGGGACUACACUGUUCAGGCUGGAAAGCGACACCCUCCGGGGCUGGCUCUGGUGUGGCCGGUUCUGCGGUCAUGCCCUGGUCCUCGUCCGACUACAGCCAGCAGGACUCUGGUCCUCAGACUCUGGCCUACCAGGCCGCCCCGGCCCUCACGGCCGACGUCUACAUGCAGACUCUGUGCCCCAGCUACACCAUGUUGACCUAUACGCACACACCACUGCUCACCAAUUUUGGGACAAUACCAAUGGCCCCAACUCCAACGUCCCUACCCCAGAUGGAGCUCCCGGACACGGGACUGACCUACCUUCCAUGGGCCCAACCCCUGACCACUAUAUCCACCAUGCCCAAUCCAGGGGUCCAGUUUUCCCCAGGUCCUGCUACCUUGUCCGGGUCCCCUCUUGUCCACAUGCCCCUGUCCAUGUCUUUGACCACGAUGAUCCCGCAGAUGGAGACCCCGGGAGUGGACUCCGAGCCACAGAUCCUGAACCUCCCCCAGCAUUCGGACCACCAGCUGGACCCAGAAUCACAGGGUCCGUCUCUAAAUGAAGACCCAGACGCAGAGCCAGAAUCACCAAGCCUUCUGGAUAAAAUUCUGGAGGAUCACAAGGAGCACGGAGCAGAGGAGAACAAAGACUCCUACAACGGCUCUAUCUUUUUGCCUAACGUUUGAAAACGUGUGUGUCAGUGUUAUUUCGUUCUGAAAAGAAAGGUUUUUACCUCCCGUUCAUCCUACAUUUAGAAUUAAAAGCAGCAAAAAGAAAAGAAAACACAAAACUUUGUACUCGUGCUGAAAAAGGUCUGAAAUAUCUUAGCUACCAUUUUUUAUUACAUAGCUUUAAAAUUGGUUUAAAAACAGAAAAACUUUUUAUGGUGCCUAGAGUCACCUGUAACUGUAAAAAAAAAAGAAAGAAAAUAACAUUUCGUUAAGCAUUUUUGUUGAGUUUUUUCUAAAUGGUGGUCCACUGCUCAUUCUAGUUUCUUAAACGCUAUGCAGUCGUAUUUGCAUUGCAUGUUCUGCAUGUUUCUGAUGAAAUUAUAGUUUUAUAAGUCUAUAUGAUU